GGGAGGGAGGGAAGGAGGUGGAGACACUUUAUCCACGACGCCAGCUCAACAAGAUCGGCAGAGUUGCGGCGCAUCGCCCGAUAACUCGCUCCCUCGUGCUCUCUCUUGCGCUACCUCCCCCCUCUCUCUCUCUCUCGCUCCUCAUCAGCGGGAACCUCCGAGCACGCGAUCGGAGUGACACGCAUGACAGGCUGCGGUGCUCCAGCACAGCACGGGGUGACUGCUCUACCAACGUGUUCCGACUGCCGCAAUCGUCCUGCUCUCUGUUGGCGUCUGUUUGUGUUCUCGUUGUUGUUGUUGUUGCUGCUGCUGCUGUUGUUGUUAACGGCGCGCGCGUCUGAAAAUCGCCCACGAGAGGCGGGCAAAGGCUGGGCAAGGGUGGAUGCGCGAGCUGACGGCCGCUAGGGAGGUGGAAGCGAUAGGAGAAGCGGCGUGGAAGGGGAGUUGAGAGCGCGUCUGGAGGAGGAGGUCGGUGGUGGUGGUGGUGGUGGAGGAGCGAAUGGGAGAAGAAUCCCCGUGGCAACAAAACCGAGGACAGCUGCAGAGUGAUAUAGCCUCAAGCUUCGGCGACAGCACAAUCGGUACCGCCUGGCACUACGAUCAGCAGCAUCAUCACGAGCAGCAGCGUCAGCAAAGUGCCGACGGCGAAGCCUCCAAGAGAAUCGACGAUGCAUCAUCAAAGCUGCGGCAUUACGGAGAGCACUGAAUGACGACCGCCACCACGGGUAACGGCAAACGAUCAGCAGAAGUAAACAGCAGAAGCGACAUCGCCAACAGCUGCCUCAACCCCAGAACCAACAGCUUUAGCAGCAGCAGCAACACCUGGACAGCAUCGUCAACAACAGCAACGACGUUGGCACCAUCAUCCGCAAAGGCAUUGUCAACAGCACAAUAAACGGUGACCAGCAGCUACAGCGCAAUCAAACGCGGAAGCACGACCGAAAUCGACACCGUCAGAAUCAUCAUCAUCAUCAGCAGCAGCAGGAUCACCAUCAUCAGCAAGAGCAGAAGCAGCAGCAGCAGCGAGGAAAAGCAGAACAGCUCCACGUCCACGAGGCGAGAGCGGCUGGCUAUGGGGACUAGCAGCGGAGCGAGCCUGACCCAGCCCAGAGGCCGUCGGCUCCUCCUCCUCGUCCUCCUGCCAGGAGCGACCUCCGCCCAGCGCCGCUGACACCCGCGCCGCCCUAACCCCCACACUCCACGGGUUCGACUCCACCACUCUACGCCCUCGCAUGGCUACGCUUUGGACGCACAUUCGCGCGUGGAACAGGAGGCGCGCUUCGCCGGGGUGGCAGCAGCCCCACCUCGCGCUGCUGUGCGUCUCUCACUGCCUGCUGCUGCUACUACUGCUGCUGCUGCUGCUCGGGACACCAUCGAGCCCGAGCUCCACAGCCGCAGCCGCCACCGCUGCCCCCGCCACCGCUGUGAAGGUCGUGGCCGGGAAAAUGUUCACGCUGAGGAAUUGCCCCGGAGGAGAGAGCGGAGCGCCGGCAUCUCCUUCGCCUACGUGCCGCGCGGAUGGGCACUGUGGCCCCACCUCUCUACCGAAUUGGCUGCUCUGCGACCCAUCUACGUCGGGCCUACGGGGAGUGCCCGUCGACUCGGACCGCGGGAGCCACGCCGUCGCCUCGUGCUGCCCCGGGACAUUCUCCCUGCACGUGCUCGCCGAUUGGGAGUCGCCGCGAGCCUGGCUCUUCCAAGAUCCCUCCUCCAGGCCGCCCAAGAACGCGGCAGGCACAUCCGGUGUGGAGAUGGAGCGCUGCGUGUCGGGCUCCGCCGCCGCCACCUUCGCGUCGCUGGUGCUCGAGGGCCGGGCCGAGUCCCUGAGCGCCGAGCGGCGGCUGCAGCUCAUCUCGGUGCUCGCGCGCUACCUCCGCCUCGACCCCUAUGCCGUGACGCUGGCGCCGCUCGGGACGCCGUCGCAGCUGGCGCGCCUCAACCGCAGUGUGGUGGCCGCAAGUGGGGCCUCUGGGCCCCAAGACGACGCCGGCCGGACGAUGAGCCGUAAGGCCAUGGUGCCGGCAGGCGGCGGUGGCGGCGGCUUCGGCGGGCCAGAGGACGGCGCCGGUGCUUCGGGGCUGGUUCGGCUCCGCCUCCGAGACGCUUCGGAGCGUGAGACGUCGGGCCCUGAGAGACUUGCGGUCGGUGGCGCCGGGCACCGCGGCCGCGAUUGCGACCCACGGGGCCGUGAGCCGCUGGGGCCGGAGGGCGGCCUCAUGGAGGUGUCGUGGCCCGUUGCCUGUGGCCCCUUUGAGCUGGCCGCGGAGCUGGCCCAGGUGCUGUCGCACAGCGUCGCCUCGGGCCGGAUGUCCGGCGUGACAGGCCACGCGGUAGUCGGCUGGCGAGUGCUGGCCGAGAGCCGCGGCGGCAGCGCCGAGAGCGCCGACACCAAAAUCGGCACGGCAACGUUGAGGAAGAGGAUGCUCGGGGCCACGGCCACGCCGGUGCUCAUGCCGGCGACGACUAGGCUCAUUCCGGCGUUCGAGGCUGCCGCCGAUGACGCCGAGGGAGUGGCGGCGGUUGCCGCGUGCUGCGGUUUCGGUGUCGCCGCCGCUGCCGCCGCCGCUGCAACGGAGCUCUCCCCGUCCCCCGUGCACCUCACCGUUCCACCCUCUGGCGAACGGACGGAUUCAGACGCAUCGACCCAAGCCCCUUUCUGGAGCACGUGGACCAGUCCGCAUGCCGCAGAGGGGGCAGCCCGACCCGACGGCGGCGGCGUCGCACCGAUGGGUCUCUGCAGCUCAACGGUGCCCGUCUUCGGUGACCGCGCUUCGCCCGUUCCUCUCGCACCACCCGCGGGCCCCAUCGCCGGCGCGCCGGCGUAUCCGUGCACUCUGACGGCGGGCCACCCCACCGGCGGCGGGCGCUCCAGUGGAACGGCACCUCCCCCGUCGCGGAGAGGUUCCCCGUCGCUAGGCAUGACAAUCGCACGCGCGUCCCAGCCCCGCUCCGGCCGCGUCACGCCGUCGUACGCGCCGCUGGAGUUGCCGUCAACCCGGCCCGAUGCCACAGCCUCCCAGGACUUGCAGCAACGGCAAUCUGAGCCUGUGAGUCCAAGCGGCACGGGAUGCUAUGAAAAGGAGGGAUUGGCCGGGGUGACCCCGUCGCUCUCCGAUGCCGUGCCGUGGCUCGAGGCGACGGUGAGACCAUCUCUCCCCUCGCCAGUUAUAGCCAUGACCGCUGGCCCUGCCGUCUCACUGCCGGUGGCGACGGCGGCCGUGGUUUCGCGACUGAGCGCACCACUGUCGCGUUUGCCAACGGCGCAGGAGCUCACGCCGAGUGGCCAGCCGGUGCCAGCAGCAGGCGGCGGGCAGGCGGGGCAGCCGUCCGGGUCGUCCUUUUGGCAGCGGACGCCAAAGAUGAGUUUGGCGACGAUGUGGCAUGAGCUAGCGGGCCGAGCGGGCUCACUCACGCAGCUACAGCCGCCGCCAUCAUCUCAGAUUAAUCAGAGUUGCCAGCCUCAGCGGGCGAGACACCCCGUGUCGUCUCCUGCGGAGUGGAGUGCCUCGACAAAGGACGCAGACGUGUCCUUUGCGCUGAGCGCGACGCAGCGGGCUGGAGGCGAGCGUUCAGACUGCUCCUUCGGGGACUUGCUGUACGACGGCUCGCCGCUCGAGCACGGAACAAUGGCAUGCACGCGUUCGCUGUCACCACCGCGUAGUGGCACAGCCAUGCCCGACGACUUUUUCUCUUUUGUUUACGCAGCCGAGCAGGCCGGAGAUGCAUCGUCGGUCUAUGCAGUGCAACAUUUCGAUGAUUCGCAGCACGGAUACAGAACGGAGAAGCCGGUGCACUCGUCGCCGAUUUACGGCACAAUCUCUCCCAGCGAUUCACUCAGCGCUCACACGAUGGAACGAGCCACGGAUGCCUCGUCCCUUUUCAAAACGCGACAGCGAGGCGAUCAGUCGCUCCUCUGUCAUGCGGCCGGGCCCACUGAAUCACCUCCUGUGUACACAGCGGAACGGCAUGGGGAUUCAUCGUCUCUCUGCACAACGGCUCAACUCGACGACUUACUCUCCGGCCCCUCCUACCCCCACGCCGCACGCCAACCAACUCUUUCACCGUCGCUUUACGAAGCAGAGCGGCUCGCCGGAGCCCAGCCCUCGUGGCGGACGGAGCGAGCCGGCGAUGUGAUUUUCCCCCGCGAAGUUGGCGGCGCCGGCAGCCCUCCGGCAAAAACUUUCGGGGCCCCACGGACCACUUUGCUCGCGGCGGAAGCAGAGGCGGUGCUUUCCCGCAUGCCGGCUGCAUCUCAGCAGAGUUUCUCCGCCGCUCCGAGCACCGCCGACAGGGGUUCCGUCCCCGGAGGAUGGGGUCACAGAACCGGCACAUCCGUCACGGUGACCUCCACCCCCAGCCCGGCGUCCGAGACAGCUCCGCUCGGAAGAUCGAUGGGACCAAUUCCAGCGUCCUCAGCUCUGCUCUGGGAUGCAUCGCUGAGCCUUGCUUCCGAUUUGCUUCCAUCAUUCAUGCCACCGCUGCCCGCCGACUUGACUUAUCGCCAGCCUCGCGAGCGCUUUACCACCGCAGCCGCCUCCUCCUCCUCCACCCCCUCCACUGGAAGUGACUCCCCGGCGCCGCCGGCGACUCCCGGUGGCGCCACGGGACGAGGGGCGGGGUCCAGCCCCCACUAUCCGACCCCGGCGCCCGUCCUCACGGCCCGGCAAAGUUCGACACCGGUCGCGGAUGGGGGAGUUGCGGCAUCGAUCCAUCCGAGCCUCCAUUCCUCCACAUCUCCCGAGUUCCAGUUCUCGCGCACGGCCAUUGCCAUUGAUGCCGCCGCCACUGGCGCCGCUGGCACCAUCAGUGCCAUGACGACCGGGGACCCGGUGCCAGUGGCGAGCAGUGUCGUCGAGAGGAGAAGUCGUUCGAGCUGGGGGGCCAUGCCCCCCCCUGCGAGUCUGACCGUCGCUCCGUCGCCUCGAUCUGCCCUCACGGAGGGGACCCCCGCGUUGGCGAGCGCAGCGACGGUUACCACGGCAAUGCUCCCGGCUCCCAGCAUUCCCGGGAUAUUUGCGGUGAUGACCCCUGACCCCGGCAACGAGGGGUCACCAAGCGCGGUCCCACAUGCGUCCAAGACUGCCGCGGCUGCGUUGGCUGGCGCGUCGCCCAACACUCCCCCGCGUCUGCUCAACCCCAUCGACCUGGUACGGGCCCAGGCGGGCCGCAUGCUCUCGUUCCGCGUGCCUGACGACACCUUCUUCGACGCCGAGGACGGCGACGCUGCCCGGCUGCGUCUCUCGCUCGUGCCGGCCGAGUCGCAUCGUCAUCAUCAUCCUCAUCAUCAUCCUCCUCAUCAGCAGCAUCAUCAGCAUCAUCAUCGUCCUCCUCAUCAUCAUCAUCAUCCUCCGCCGCAGCAACAGCAGCAGCCUCCCUCGUGGUCGUCGCCGUCAUCAUCGUCGUCAUCAUCAUCGUCAUCAUUGUCGUCAUCAUCAUCGUCAUCAUUGUCGUCAUCGUCGUGGGUGCGCUUCGACGCCCGGGCGAGGGCCAUCGUCGGCGUCCCGCUGGGAGGCGACGCGGCGCGUCCCCCGCAGGAGUUCGUGAUGGUGGCGCGCGACGCCGGCGGGCUCGAGACGCGCGACGCGUUCGUCAUCGAGGUCCUCCCGGCCCUGCGAGAGACCCCAUCGCACGUCUUCUGGCUGACGCUGCGCGAGCCGCACGCCGCCUUCGCCGCAAACCGCAGCCUCGCCGCCGCGCUCCUCUCCAAGGUGGCGUCGUUCUUCGGCGACCGCGACGCCCGCAACGUCGCGCUGCUCUCCCUCGCGCCGGCGCCCGCCGACGCCGGCGCGCCCACGCCAGGCUUCUUCUGGGCGCUGCUGCCCGAGUUCUGGGUGGAGCGGCUGGGCGACACGGAGCUCCACGGCGCCUGCGACACGGGGGCGGCGGGGGCGGGGGCGGCGGGGGCCGGCGGCGCCGCCGGUGGCGGCCGGGCGGAGCUCGCCGGGGGAGAGGUCACGCGCGUUCCGCUGCACACCAGCGAGCUCAGGUGCGAGAGGCGAGAGCCGGCGCUGCAGCUAAAGCAAAGCUGCAACGUAAAACUCGCACCACCUUUCGAGGCGAUGGCGCCGUGCGGACUCCAGCAGCCGUUUGGCGCGGACGCGCACCGGAGUCCUCGGAUCCGAGGCUGGAGAGUGGCUCGGACGGGCGACCGCCGUCUCCGGCGCACGGACCGCGUCCGCCCGGCCGCCCCGCGCCGCGUCGUCCGCUGGGACCUCGCCAUCAACCGGCGCGUGCUGGCGCCGCGCAAGGCCGCGCUGCUGCCCCGCGAGCCACGGUCCCCGCCGCUCCUCCGCGCCGCGACCAACCCCGGCUUCCUCCCGCCGCCGUCGCCGCCGCCGCCGCCGCCCCGGUACCAGUUACCGCCGGCGUACGGCCGGUCGAGGGCGACGAGCAUCUUCGCGGUGCUCGACGGCGGCUGCAGCUGA